AUGCAAGUCUUCAAUGCCGUGGCGUUUGGCUUCGCCGCCCUCCUCGUCGCAUACGCCGUGCAAACCUAUCGCGGCUUCGCCAGCAACAUCGCCGCCGCCAAGCGCUCGGGCAUCCCCUACAUUGUCUUGCCCGUCCAUACCUUCAACACCUUCUGGCUCAUUACCCAUCCCAUCUGGCUCUGGAUUGCCGUCCGAGUGCUUCCGCGUUCAUGGCAAUAUCCUUGGAUAGACUAUGUCUCGCCGGAGUUUACGUGGAAAAAGCUGUAUGACACCUUUCGCGAUGUCGACAGCGAGAACGUCCUCCUCGUCUCGUCGGCCAAGAUUGUCUAUGUGACCGCGGAUCCCGAUGCCAUUAGUCAAAUCACCACCCGCCGUAACGACUUUCCCAAGCCCAUUGAAAUCUACCGCAGUCUGGAUUUGUACGGCAAAAAUGUCGUCUCCACCGAGGGCCAGGUCUGGCGCCACCACCGCAAGAUCACCAGUCCUCCUUUCACCGAGAAGAACAAUCACAUGGUCUGGCAGGAAUCUCUCCACCAAGCCCAGUCCAUGAUGGCCGGUUGGAUCUCGCCGACGGAAACCUCGAGUGGUCCCAUUGCAAAUGUUGCGAGCGAAUCCAUGCGUCUGGCUUUGUAUGUCAUCAGUCGCGCGGGAUUCGGCGUGAAACUCAAAUGGCCUCACGAGGAGAAAACAGAACCCAUCCCCUCCGGGCAUACCCUCUCUUACAAGCAAGCAUUGCAAACCCUGCUCCACAGCAUCCUCACCGUCAUCCUCGUCCCCAAAUGGAUCCUGCGUAAUUCCCCCCUGGAAAGUCAUCAGGCGGCUUAUCAAUCCUACGCCGAAUGGGGUCUGUACAUGCGCGAAAUGUACGCCGAGAAGCUGCAAGCCAUGAAGGACGGCGAGAAGACGGAGGGCCUGGAUUUAAUGGGCGCGCUGGUCGAGGGCGCCGGCAUCAACAUGGACGACAAUUCCAAUCCCGAUCUUCAUGCCAACGCCGAUAUUCUCGGAAAUGCUUUUGUCUUCAUUCUCGCCGGACACGAAACGGCAGCGAAUACCCUGCAUUUCGCCAUUUUGCUUCUGGCGAUGCAUCCGGAUUCGCAAAAGCGUUUGCAGGAGGAUCUUGAUAGGAUUCUAGGGGACAAACCAGUGUCCGAGUGGGACUAUGACCAUGAUGUUCCUCAGCUGUUCGGCAGCAUGUGUGGCGCUGUGAUGAAUGAGGAGCUUCGGCUGAUCCCACCGGCAGUCAACAUUCCCAAAUCAACGCCCAAAGACCGAAGUCAAACCCUCCAAAUCCGCGGACAACCCGCCGUUCUUCCCCCCGGCAUCUCCAUCAAUCUAUGCACAGCAGCAGUCCACCGCAACCCUAAAUACUGGCCGCACACCUCCCUGCAAGACCUUGAAGAAUUCCGCCCGGAGCGCUGGUUCCCCGAUCCCUCCUCCAAACAGUCAUCCACCAGCACCACCCAGGCAGACUCGUACGCCACGGAAGAAGGCCUCGACUUCGACGGCCCGGACAAGCGGCCCGACACCGCUGCUUCGCUCUUCCAUCCCGCCAAGGGCGCCUACAUCCCUUUUAGUGAAAGCUAUCGCUCCUGUCUCGGUCGGCGAUUUGCGCAAGUCGAGAUCCUUGCCGUUCUGGCUGUCGUAUUCAAAACUUGGUCCGUGGAGCUUGAUGUGAGCGACUGGAUUUCCGACGAGGAGUUGGAGCGGGCCACUCCCGAGCGCAAGGCGGAGGUAUGGGGCAAGGCGGAUGCGAGGGCGAGGGACUUGCUGCGCAAUGGGAUGAUGACUAUCAUUACUAUUCAGAUGCGAAAGGGCAAUGUGCCUAUGAGGUUUGUGAAGAGGGGAAGCGAGCGGUUUGCGGCGAAGUAG